GUUAGCGAGAGGCGGUCGCAGCAAUAAUACUUGAGCCUUAGCUUGGCGUCGUUCUCGCAGCCGGGCACGCGCAGCACGCCCGGUUCGUCGCGGGUAUUUCUUUCCGUGCCACAGCAAUCGAGUCGCUGCAUGCAUUUAUAGUCUUAGAAACAUGUGAACAAUUCACUGCGCACAGAAUGGCAAAGGAGACAGCCAAGGCCCGGCCCGGGCCUGCCAAAGGGCAAGCGACAAAGAGAACUGCUGCCGCCAAGGCUGCCGCAGCCAAUGAUGACCCCUUAAAGUUAUACUAUCGCGUCUGCGGAAGGAGAGUCAGGAAGAUAUUGGGUGGCAAGCUUGGCGAAACUGAAAACGGCUACCCUGUCUGCUCCAGGCUGUCACAAGCCACCGGGAAAUUCGAGCCUGUCGUCCAGGUGAAGUUCGGUCCGGGAGAAGCAAAGCACUCGCUGCCUCUCAGCGAUCUGCUUGAACAAUAUGAAUUCGUUGACGACAACGCCGGCAGCGGCGCCGGGACCGCAACGGCGGCGGUAGCCGCAGGCGGCGGCGUGCGAACCGCUGGCGGUGCCUCCGCGCGCGCCCCUCGCCCCACCUUGGCACCGGGUGGCAACGCCGGUGGCUCUGGCGCUGGCGCUAGUGCUGGCGCCAAAGCUGGCACUGGUGCUGGUGCUGGUGUCAAAACCAAAGCGGUUGCGGGUGGCAGCAGAGCCGGCAAGGCGGCGCGGCCUGGGCCCCAUCCGACAAAGGCCGCUGGCAACAGCUCGGCCGGCGGCGGCAGGUCAGCACCGGGCGGCAGCGGCGGAACGGACGCCAGCGGCGGGCAGGGCACCCGGGCGGGUGCUGGGUCGGGGGCGGCUGCGGGUACAGGUGCGGGUACAGGUGCGGGGGCGAGUGCAGCUGCCGAGCAGCCGGCUGUGCGUCGCAAGUCCACGCCUGCCGCUGCCAAGGGCGCAGCGGCGUCAGCCGGCCCGCCCAGUACCGGCGCCAACGGAAAGGGCAGCGGGGCAAAGGCGGGCGGCGCCGUCCCGGCAGGCGGUGACAGGGGGAAGUCGCCGGUUGGCAGCUGCGGUGGUACAGGAGGUGGGCUGCAGCAAGAUGAGGGGGCCGAACAGCAGCCGCCGCGGCAGCCACAGCAGCAGCCGCAACCGCAGCAGCAACAUGUGCAGCCGAAGCAGAAGGCAAAGCAGCCACAACAGCAAGCAAAGCGGCAGGCUGGCAAGCAGCGCCCGCAGCAGCGGGAUGACCAAGAGGCGCAGGAGCAGGAGCAAACACAGUCGGAGCAGGCAGGGGCGGAAGCCGGCGGCAGGGACAGCAGGGACGACGACAGCGAUGUGGUGCUGGUGGGUGAGAAGCCGGCGCCAAAGCCCCAGCCCCGAAGGCGGAGCAAGCUUUUGCGCAAGCGCACAGCAGGCGCCGCUGGCUCCCCCGCUGCAGCGGCUGCGGCGGCAGAUGGAGCAGUGGCGGCGGCGGGCGCUGACGGGAAGCUGGCGGACAGCGAGCAGCGGCAGCCAAGCGAGGGACGUGGCAAGCAGCGGCGGUCUGGGGCCGCGGCGGCGGCGCAUGACAGGGAUGCAGAGGCGCAGGCGGGCCAGCCGGGGGCGCAGGUGGCCCCGUCGCAGCGGCAAAAGCAGCCGCAUAAGCGGAAGCGGUCGCAGCCACGGCAGGCGCCGGCAGGUGAGGUCUCAGGCGGCGGCGACGGCGGUUCAGACAGCGAGGCGGGCCGGUCGCCGCAGCGCCCCCGCCGUACUGCCGCGGCGGAUGAUGAGCCCGCGGCGCGGCGGCAAAAGGACGGCGGGCGGCUGCGGGCACCUGCGCAGCAGGCAGCUGCGGUGGGGCGGCGCGCAGCGAGCGAGCGCGAGCAGGCGCAGGCGCAGGCGCAGGCGCGGGGUCAGGAGAACGAGGACAUGCCAGCGGACCUGGAAGAUGACUGGACGCAGGCCACGGACCUCGAGGCCGGAUGGUUUGUGCAGGAUACCGGGGACGACAACUUGGGUGGCGGCGGCGACACCUUUCCUGCUUUCGGCGCCGAGUUGGGUGGCGCAGACGACUUCUUGGGCGGCAACGGCGGCGGCAGCGGUGCACAGGGUGGCGUGGACGCUGGGGCAGACGGCCAGGCCUGGACCCAGGAGAGCGUGGAUGUCGUGAAUGUGGGGGCAGUAGCAGCUGCGGCAGUAGCAGCCACGGCAGUAGCAGCAGCUGUUGCUGCAACAGCAACAGCGGCUGCAGCAGAAGCAGAAGCAGGGGGAGCUGCACCGCGACGUGGAGACGACGCGGGCAUCGGGACUGGGGCAGCGCUGCCACAGGAUCCAAACACGCAGGAUCCGAACACGCAGCGUGCAGCGUGCAGCGGCGGCAUUGGCGGCGGCGCCUCCGGACCGGGCAGCCGCCAGGGCGCCGGUAACACCGCUGCAGCCGCGACCGUGUCAGGAAAGGCUGCACCAGCAGCUGAGGGAGAGGCGGAAGGGUCCGUGGGCUCGGAUGCGCCCGCUUCAGGUUGGGGGGCGCCCGCAGGGGCGGACGCGCAGGCUCGCUGCCACGCGCACGCCAAAGCAAAGUCAGCAGCGGAUUGCGCCGCAAACAGGCCAGCGGACGCCGAGGUCCGAGCAGGCGACGCCGGGGAAGGCGGUGAUGUGGCGGCGGCUCCGGUCCAACGCUUGGGUGCAGGACUGGCGCCAACAGAGAAGGCGGUGGCGAGUGCCACUGACACAGCGGCCGCACACCCGCCUUGCAUACAGCAGCCAAAGCGGGGGCAGGUGCGGCAGCCGCUGGAGGAGUCGCGGUCGCGGUUGCAGGACGGCAAGGGCGAGGGCGAGGAGGACGCCGGACCGGGCGAAGAGGACGCGAGCAACAGCAGCGACAACAGCAGUGACGAAUCGGAGGAGGGCGAGGACCGCGAUGGGGGGGACGAGGAGGCGCACGAAGACGACAGCGGCGACGCGACCUCUUCCGACUUGGUCGGUUCCCACGGGCCCUGGCAGGACGACGAGCUCCGGCUGGACCUGUUGACAGCGGAGGAACGGCGGGCGCAGGAGGAGCAGGAGGAGCGGGAGCGGCGGCAGCAGCGGGACAGGGCUGCGGCGGCGGUGGGCAAGGCGGACCAGGCAGUCGAAGAGUCGAGGCAGCCAGCGGCAGAGGGCGCUGGAGCCACAGCCGCUGGUGCUGCCGCUUGUUCCGCGGCAGGUGCUGGCGAGGUGGAAGAGCGGGUUGUUGCCGCUGCGCCAGUCGCCCACGGAACUGGUGACGCAUCGCGCAAGGCUGCAGCGCGGGAGCUGGGAACGAGCAACGGUGCCGCGGCUGCCCCUGUUGGUGCAUCGCGGGUGGCGGCAGCUGUGGCAGAACGGCCUGUGGCGGAUACCGGUGCUCCAACGGACGCAGCUGCAGACACCGGGGAUGCGGAGGAGGAGGUGACUGUCGGAGAGGCCGUUCGGGAGGCCGUGGGGGAGGCGGGAACGCAGGGCAGCCAUGAUGAGGCGGCAGCUCCGGUGGCAGCAGCAACGAUAACAACAGCAACAGCAGGCGACGGCGCGGCGGGCGCAACCGAGCUGCAAGUUGGCGCUGCCCCAGAUCGCUUGCCAGCGGACCCGCAGGCGGGCAUGCGGCCUGAUGGGGGGCCUGCGGCGGCGGCCGCAGCAUCGGCGCCAGGCGAAGACCGGGUUGCAGAGGGCGUGGUUGUGGGACCGUUCACAGGCCGCGCCUACCCCGCCCACCUGGUGCGCUGCCCCGGCGACGUGUCACUGCGCCGCCAGCUGGAGGUGCCGGGACUGCUGGUGUCCGACCCCCACCGCGCCGUGCAGGCCGUCGUGGACGAGCGCUAUUGCCCGGUGGCCGGCUGCAAGCUCCUGCUGGUCAAGUGGCGCGGCUACGAGCUCGAUCCGGGGCAGCCGCCACAACAGGCGCAGGCACAGCAAACCCCGUCGUCACAAGCUGGCGGAGGCGGAGGCGGCGGAGGCGGAGGCGGAGGCGGCGGAGGCGGAGGCGGAGGCAGCAGUGCGGGCGCUGGUGGUGCCAGCGGUAUUGCCGAUGGGCUGCAGGACCGCUGCGGCGCUGAUGGCGCCGGCGGCGGUGGUGGCGGCGGUGGCGGCGGGCGGCAUGGGCACUGGGUGUACGAGUACGGCGUGGAGAGGUGGGCGGCCGUGCAGCCCGAGGUGGCGGACAUGUUGGCAGCGUGGCGGGCGGCUGCCGGCAGCGGGGCGGGCCGCCGGGACCCCUGCGACGACAAUGACGGCGACCUCGACAGCGGCGACGAUGGUGGGGGAGGCAGUGGUGGAAGCGGCAGUGGUGGUGGCGGUGGCGGAGGAGGUGGUGGCGGCGGUGGAAGCGGCAGUGGUGGCGGCGAUGGCAGUGGGGGCGACGGUCACGGCCGCGGCCAUGGGCGCAGCGGCGAUGGGAAUGCACCGCCCAACCCGCCGGCGCACCACAACCACCAACAGCAUCAUCAGGCCCAGCAUCCCCGGCCCUCUGCGGCAGCCGCUGCACUUCACGGUGGCGGCGGCGGCGAGGGUGCCGACGUACCUGGCACCCCCCGCGCCGCUAUCGGCAUGACCGAGCAGGUGGCCAAGCUCCUGCAAUGCUGGCGGUCACGCAGCCCGCAGUGGCGGCAGAUGGGCGGGAGAUCUAGCGGCGGCGGUGCCGGCGACAGCAGCCCUACCGGCGUGCGUGCCGGAAGCACCGCGCAAGCCGUCGGCAGCAACAUCGCGUGGGCGCCCUUGUCCUCUCGUGGCGCCGUUCCUGUCCAAGCGAUGGCAACGGCAGCAGCAGCGGCUCAUGCAGCGCACCCUGCUGCCGCCUGUCACCACGGCCACCCGGAGCCACACGUGCAGCCGCGCCCGCAGCCGCCCCAGUCACCCCACAACCACCUCACAGGGUUACCCUCCGUGAACGUCAUGGCGGCGGCGAACACCGCAGCGCUGGCGGCGGCCGUGGCGGCGCUCGGGCUGGACGCCGCCGCUGCCAGCGCUGCCGUCGCGUCGGCCCACGCCGCGGCUGCGGCGACCGCCGCCGGUACCGCCGUGGCUGCUGUGACGUGGCCGGCUGGCGCCGCCGCGGCUAGCGCCGGCCUGGAGGGCGCGGCUCCGAACGGUCGCCUCGACGGCGACAAUGAUGACGGCGACAGCGAUGACUUUGGCCUCGAGGACCUGCUGGCGGAUGACUUCCUGAGAGGCAUGGGCGAGGAGCUGAAGAUGGAGGAGUUGGCGCCGGCACAGGAGCAGGAGCAGUACGGUGCCGCUGCCGAGGCAGGGAGCCAUGCGCGGCAUCACGGCGGUGCUGGUGCUAGCGGCGGCGGCGGCGGUAGCGGCGGCAGCGGCGGCAGCGGCGGCUGGGGGCCCACCAUCUCAGCUGCAGCUGCCACAGCGGGCGGCGACUUCUUCCAGUUGAACCCGGCGCAGGCUCACCAACACCAGCAGUCGCAGCCGCAGCCACGUCAGCACCCGCACCAGCACCAGCACCAGGCAACCUCGCACCUGCGCCAGAGUGGCCGCGCACGGCGCCCCUCCAAGCGCCAUGACGCCUCCGAAUACCAGCUCGACAGCUCAUUGAAGAGCCUACAGCCCACAGGACCCGCCGUUGCCCCCAGUUCCCUUGGCGGCGCCGGCGCUAGCGGCAGCCGGAAACGCAGCGCUAGCGGCUUAGGAGCCAAGGGCGCAAAGCGGCAACGCGCGGGCAGCUCUCCAUCAGGUUCCAGUCAGCGCCGCGGCGGCGGCAGCAGUGGUGGCGACGUCGCGGGUGGCUGGAAUGGCGGCUCUGGUGGGGACUGGAGCGGUGGUACCGGUAACGGCAGCGGCAGCGGGUAUGACGGCGGCGGCGCCGCCGCCGCCGCCGGCGGCAAUGGCAAGAUGGCGCUGCUGCACGGCGGCCAGGUGACCGUCAUCCGAGCGGCGGCGGCGCGCGAUCCGGGCAGCUGUGACGGCGACGUGCACGUAGCGGCGCGGGAGCAGGAGGCGGCUGACAUGGUGGCUGCGGACGCCGAGGCCGAGGCUGGCUGGCGGGACGAGCUGGACGCAGGCCGCUUCGUGUUUUGCCUGGUCACUGGCCGUCGCUACCCCGCCUCCGCCUGCUACCGGCAUGGCGACAUCCGUCUGGUGGACUACGUGCCGGAGGAGGAUGGCACCGUGGGCGAAGUGGAACGAAUCAUGGACGAGGUGGAGGACGAAGAGGUGGUGGAGGAGCCGGACGGCAGCAGGCGGCUGGUGCGGUGCCGCAAGUACCUGGUCAAGUGGCAGGGCUAUGAGUUGGAUCCCGGGGAGCCGGGCAAGAGCGGCCGCCAGGGGCACUGGGAGCCCAAGGAGAACGUGGUAGCAGAUGGAGUACCGGCGGCGCUGCACGCGUGGAAGAGGCGGCGGCCACUGUGGUGGCACUCCGUGUUUCCACUGCCGGUUGAGGAGCCCUUGGUCUCAGACAGCCGUAAAGCUGCCAACAAAAAGGCUGGCGCCGCAAAGCGUGGCGGGAACAGCCGCAGCACGAGCGUGGCCUGGGCGAGUUAACCCGACCGGUGCCACGUGCCGGGUCUUGCCAACGGUCAGGGCCGGGUUUGAAGUCCUCCUGAAAAGCAGUGCAGACGACGUUGGUCAUACUUGGAUAGGUGGCACUAGGCCGAAGUGGAUGGGUGAUGGCCGAGACCGGGAAAGCUUUAAGCAAUCGUAGUGCAGGUAAGCAAUCCGAGUUUUUAGAGUGUGAAAUGCUCAAUAUUGCAAUGAUUACAUGUGUCCCAAUUGGCCCGCUGGACGAUGCGGGCCAGAGGCGGGCGCAAGGUUUGCUCACAGACAUAUGUACUUGGAUUUCUAUCGCAAGAACAAAAUAACUCAUUCUACAUGUACACGCAUCGCUCGGCUGAAGAGAAGCCUCCUGUAGUAAUACGUUGCAACAUUUUGGACUCCUCACACUUGCCGAGGAUGUUGAUUAACAUGCUAUCACGGUUACUUAUGGAUGAGACUGCAGUGUAGAAGUAGCUGGCCGGGGGUGGAGUUAGGGUCGGCCGAAUGGCCAUGGCUUCUCGGCAACGCCUCCUGUCUAUGCGCAGCCUUCCGAGCAGUCGCAAGGGAUGGCAAACUCUGUUUUUGUU